AUGCUAUCGAUUUUACGGAAUAAUUCAGCUGUUUUUAGGAAGUUCAAUUUACCGCGAAAUGUUCAACCGGAAGGAGUGUCAAGCAAGCUGACCAGUGAUGGAACCCUCACGAUUGAGGCCAUUCCCUUGAAACCAAAGGAAGGCUCACCUGCACGUGCGAUUCCAAUCAAAAUUGUGGGAAGUGGAGCGCCGCCAGCUCCUACGGAAACCAAAACGGAGGAAGCCAAAUAA